CGCCCCAGUCGACACGUAGAGUCGUCAGUGUCAUUUGCCACCACCCCCCCCUCUCUCCCCACCCCACCGCCACCACAUUUGCACGCGCUUCCCCGCGCGCUGUGGUGCCGUACAGUAAAACGUCACUGCUCUUCAGCAGCCCACGCGCCUGCAGAGCGGCGCAGGCCGGCGCGAGACUCGCCACUUCCUAAGACUCCCCCGGCGUGGCUGGGGGGCUUCGCGUUCCACGUCCGUGCGUCUCGUGGAAUUUGUUUUCUUUUUUUUUUUUGUCUCAGCAGAAGUGUGCAAGAGAGAAGUCGGUUGUCCGUCCCAACCGCACAGAAGAGAGAAAGAUCGCGCCCGUGCUCUGGCACGAAGGGAGGGGGAAGUGACCGCAUUUUUGUUUUGUUUUUGUUUAUUCUCCGCGAAACGGUUGGACGUCGCGCCUGAUCUGCGGGUGAAGGAGUCGAGCGCGCAGUUCAACGACUCUCACAGCGGAGACCCCCCCCCAACCCCCCCGCUCGCUGGAAUUCGGACAUACUGCAUCUUUAAGCGUCUUUUUUUUCUGGGACGGGCUAUUUUCAUAACGUCACUCAAUUCCUCCCUCUUUUCCUCUUCUCAUUUUCCCAUUCUUUCACUCUUUCACUCCCAUCCCUUCAUCCCUCCGCGCGCCCUUGUCCGAAAUGGGCCGCGUUUUCCACCACCUCUCACUCCGAGUCCUGCAGAUUUUUUGAAGUGUUCCCCUCUCCAUUUGUACUUUUAUAUUUUUGCAUCACCGCUCAGAAUUCCACGGACAAGCGAAGCGCCACGCGGGCAUGACGAUGAUGACUUUGACGAAGACGGCGAUGAUGAUGAUGAUGAUGAUGCUGGUGGUGCUGCUGGUGGUGGUGAUGAUGAUCCGCCGGGCUGACCGUGAUUCAGUAACUUUUUGAGAGUGUUCGAGUCUCCGAAUCGUUGAGCUACACCAUGAUGUAUUCUCCUCUCUGUCUCACUCAGGAUGAGUUUCAUCCCUUCAUCGAGGCCCUGUUGCCCCACGUUCGCGCCUUCGCCUACACCUGGUUCAACCUGCAGGCUCGCAAGCGCAAGUACUUCAAGAAGCACGAGAAGCGCAUGACCAAGGAUGAGGAGCGCGCUGUCAAGGAUGAGCUGCUGGGCGAGAAGCCCGAGGUCAAGCAGAAGUGGGCGUCACGGCUGCUGGCCAAGCUGCGCAAGGACAUCCGGCCUGAGUGCCGCGAGGACUUUGUGCUAACCAUCACGGGCAAGAAGCCCCCAUGCUGCGUGCUCUCCAACCCUGACCAGAAGGGCAAGAUGCGCAGGAUCGACUGCCUGCGACAGGCAGACAAGGUGUGGCGCCUGGACCUGGUCAUGGUCAUCCUCUUCAAGGGCAUACCGUUGGAGAGCACGGAUGGCGAGAGGCUAGUCAAAGCUGGCCAGUGCACCAACCCCAUCCUCUGCGUACAGCCACACCACAUCAGUGUCUCCGUCAAGGAGCUGGACCUCUACCUGGCCUAUUUCGUUCAGGAGAGGGAAUCGGAGCAGAGCAGCAGUCCACGCACCGCGAUCGGCUCGGACCAGGAGGACAGCAGAGCGGCCACCUUGGAUAGCCCCGAGUUUCAGGAGAGCUUCGUGACGUCGGGAGUCUUCAGCGUAACGGAACUCGUGCAAGUUUCCAGAACUCCCGUGGUUACUAGCGCCGGGCCCAACUUCUCUCUCGGAGAGCUCCAAGGACACCUGGCCUACGACCUGAACCCCACAGGGGUGGGCCUGAGACGCACCCUGCCCAGCACAUCCUCCAGCGGGAGCAAGAGACACAAGUCCGGCUCCAUGGAGGACGACGUUGACACCAGCCCAGGCGGGGAGUACUACGCCUCCCCCAACUCCCCGGGGAGCAGCUCCCGGAACUGGCAGGAGGAGAUGGAGGGAGGGAUGUCCCCUGCGGUGAAGAAAACUGAGAUGGACAGCCCGUCUCCCCAGGACAGCUCCCCGCGCCUCAGCUUUACACAGCACCACCGGCCGGUCAUCGCAGUCCACAGCGGCCUCUCGAGGAGUCCGCACCCCUCUUCAUCUUUGCACUUCCCUGGGGCCCCCAUCCUGCCCCAGGCGGCCUCCACCUACUUCCCGCAUACGGCUAUCCGCUACCCGCCACACCUAGCGUCGCAGGACCCCCUGAAGGACCUGGUGUCCCUGGCGUGUGACCCUUCCAGCCAGCAGCCCGGCCCGUUGAACGGCAGUGGUCAAGUGAAGCUUCCCAGCCACUUCAUCUCCUCCCAGAUGCUGGGGGCCCCACCGCACCCAGGCGUGCCCCGCCUCACGCUGCCGCCCGACUCCAAAUCUGCCACCGCCACCACCUCAGAGGGAGGGGCCAGCUCUCCUACAUCACCCACCUACUCAGCCCCCAGGACGCCACCUACCAACCGUUCCUUUGUAGGCAUCGCACCGCGGGACCCUAGCGGACUUUAUCAGGCACAAUCCUGGUAUCUGGGGAACUGAAGAACUCUUAAGGAUGGGUGAAAGGACACGUGGAUAUGAGAUUCUUCUAGUUUUUCUGGAAUUGUGAACAUGAUGCGAGAGGGAAACUCCAAAUCUAUAUACACAAACAACAUAUAUAUAUAUGUUCAUAUAUAUAUAUGUUUAUAUAUAUAUAUAUAUGUUUAUAUAUCAUGGUAUAAUACAAUUCAACUGGCCUUUUGAAGGAAGAUUGAGAAGAGAGACUGGUCAAGGACACAGCAAAAGAGACAGAGAAGAGGAUAUUUGGGGUGGCGAGGAUGACUGGGUCACAAACUCUUCAACGCCCCCUUUGCACGGGAAGCUGAGCUUCAACACCCCCACCCCCCACCACCUCAGCUCACAAGGUGCUGCUUCCUCAUAUAUGCAAAAUAAGUACCUUUUAUUUACAUAACCAACGAGAAUGCGAAAGCCGAGAUGUUCCAGCGCUAAUACUUUUCUUAAUGUUUUGCGGGGUCCCCGUUUCUAAAACUGGGUGCCCAGCGAGCCAGAAUGUUGCGAUCGAGACCCACUUUGUACGCAGUGACAGAAAGGCGUUUGUUCUUCAUUGAGUUUCUUUGACAAUCAUUUAUGCCUGUCGUUUUGUUUUCCUUCCUUUGCUCGAAGGGAGAGUGGACUUUCUGUGAGCAGUCAGUGGUGCCGCAGGAUUUGAGGCUUGAUUUGUUGUGUUGUUCUCGCCGAUGGGUGUCGAGUCCCUUGGCACAGCGGGCUCCUGGUACCGGACAAGUGCGCACGAACACAGCAUGAUACACAGGGACAAUGAGGGGAAGAGAAGUGUGGGAAGCACGAAGUAAAAAUGAGGUAAAUAAUCUGCUCUCUGGGUGCGAAGGGCUAUCGGUAAGAGAUUGAGACCCGAAGGAAAGGGGAAAGUGUCCCGAAGGCACCGGAACACCUCGCGCGCCCUCUUCGGUAACGGACAGCACACACAGUUGAGCGUGGUCCCCGACACAUUCUUCCCGUUCCUCUUUGACAUGGAUGCCCUGCCGCCAGGAGGCACUACAGUACAUGCUGAUCUCCAGUCAGAAAAAGGUUUACUGGAAAUCCAGCAAAGACUUCUUCCCCUUCUUU